AAAGCUGGCUCAUCCUCAUCCUCGUCUCUAUGUACUCCAUCACGUUGACCAACCAUUGAACCAACUGUGCAUCACUCCACACCACAGGCUCCAAAUAAGCAUAUUGAUCCUUCUUUGAUCCUCUUGGCUUGAAUGACAGGAGACCUCAACUUGUCUCAGAAAACAUGCCUACUCUUAAAAGGAAAGUGAAAGAACAUGAAAGAAAAACCAAGGAAAUAGGCAAAAAAUGUUUGAAAAUCAAUCAAAUGUUUUCAGGAAAAAAGAAGAAAAUAAAUGCAGCAGAGUUAGAUCCUGUACCCAGCACCUCUGAUCCUGUACCCAGCACCUCUGAUCCUGUACCCAGCACCUCUGAUCCUGUACCCACAGAUAAUCAAUGCACUUCCCAAGAUAAUUCACUGGCCACAGUUAACACAAAUUGCAGCAAUGUAGAUGACUCGGUAUCGACGUCAUGUAAUGUCAUUCAUGUUAAUGAAAACACCAUAGAUGUGCAUUCUCAAUCCUCCAUCUCUCUUGCCAACUGUUCUCAGAAUUUAGAGUGUGACACCUCACCCCCUAUUAUUUUGGAUGAUGACCUAUCUGAAGAAAGGUGCUCUUCUAAUGAAGAUACAGAUAUAAUAAAUGACAUUGGGGUUAGUGCUUCUCCAAAAAAAAAGUCAAAACAUAAAGUUGGUUUCCAAAUAAAAUGGAAAAGAGAGUUUCCGUGGCUUAGUUGUAAAAAAAAUGGUGAAAGAGAAUCUCUACUCUGCAAGCUGUGUUUAAAACAUCUGUUGAACGACACAAAAUACAACAAAUCUCCAUGGAUGAAUAGUGGGAUGAGCACAGUAAGGCGCGAUAAAAUUAAGGAGCAUUCUGUUUCCGAGAUGCACAAGGCAGCAAUGCAAACUGAAAUAAUCGGUUGUAAUGCUGAGGCUUCACAGAACAGAAAAAAUAGACCAGAGUCAGAGGAAUUCAAAGCUGUGGAAUGUGCUAUGAAGUGCCUGGAUUUUCUAAUCCAGCAUAAUAUACCACAUACAACUGUUUUUAAACCAUUUGUUGUUUUCUGUAUAGAAGAAUUAAAGUCUCCAGUUUUAGCCCCUCUGAACAAAUCUAAAAAUGCCUCAUAUACAAGCUACCAAACAAUCAACGAAUUUGUUAAUUCGAUGGCCAGUGUUCAAAGAGAGAAAGUUAUCUUGUCUUUACAGAAGAGUCCAUCAUUUUCAGUUAUGUCAGAUGAAACUACUGAUGUCAGCAACAGAAAACACUUGGCAACUGCUGCAAAAUAUAUAAAAGAUGGAGAAGUCAGUGUGUCCUUUAUUAAUGAUACAGAAAUUCCAGAUGGAAAAUCAGAAACUAUUUUCAAUGCUCUUUCACAGACUAUAGAAGACUGUGGAGGGUUUGAGAAAUUAGUAGGCUUUGGAAGUGACGGCGCCAGUUCAAUGGUUGGUCACCGUGAUGGAGUAGCAGCCAAACUAAAGGCCAAAAAUAAUAAGAUUAUUUCAAUACAUUGUCACAAUCAUCGUUUAGCUCUUGCAACAAAAAAUACAUUUGAAUCUUUGAAUCCUUUCCUGAAAAUGGAUGAAGUAUUAACAAGUAUUUACAAAUACUAUAAAUACAGCUCUGUGAGGAGCAAAACUUUGGAAGAAAUACAAAGAGUAUUUACUAAAUGUAAGGGAACAAAAAUAAAAAAGGCUAGCCACACAAGAUGGCUAUCACAUGAAAAUGCUAUUAAUUCAAUAAGAAUUAAUUAUCAUUCGAUCAUUGUCGAUUUGGAAAAUGCUGUUGUAACUGGACAGUCAAGGACUACAAGUGGUGUGAGUGGGCCAACUGCUGAAGGACUUCUCAAACAUCUGAAAAAUUUUCAUUUUUUUCAAUUAAUUCACUUUCUUUGUGAUGUACUGAGCCUGCUUUCCAAAUUAGUUUUAAUCUUUGAAAGAAGAGAUAUUGACUUGUCUACAAUACACAGCAAUGUUUCCAUUACGCUUGGUGCUUUGAAAAAUUUAAAGCGUAAGCCUGGGGGUCAGUUUUGCAGGAACCUGGAAAAUGCUGCAAGAAAAAUAGGAAUUCAGGCUCCUAUAGCAGCAGAAAAUUGUAAGUUUGAAGAAGAUGCAAGGUGUUUUCUAGAUCUAUUGGUCCAAAACAUUUCAGAGAGGAUGCAUAAUAUAGCUAUACUUGAUCAUCUAAGUGUCUUAGAUAUGAGGCAUCUUAAUGCAGACAAAGGUGUGGGAUUUUAUGGUGUGGCCGAAAUGGCACAGCUUGCUGAUUUUUAUCAACUGGACGAAGAUCUUCUGUUAUCAGAAUGGGAAGACUUUAAAUCUGUAUUCUUACAAACGGAAGAAGAAAAUUCUGAUAAUGAAAGAUUGUCCAUGGUCAACGUGUACAAGACUUUAGAAAAAUCUGAAGACACAAUUGGCGUAGCAUUUCCUCUAAUUCAGAAACUUGUUUCAGUUGGCUGUGUUCUACCACUCUCAACUGCUGAAGUUGAAAGAACUUUUUCGCAAGUUAAAUUAAUCUUAACAGAUCACAGAAACCGUCUCAAGGUGGAAAAUGUCAACAGCAUAUUAGCCAUUAAGCUAAAUGGCAAGGUAAACUACAGAGAGGCGGUAAAGCACUGGAUGAAAAAGCAAAGAAGAAUAUUUUCUUGUAGACCACACACAGCUGGCCACCGACCACACUCUACAAUCAGAAACACCUGUACUGUAGAUUGUGAGCAACAACCAAGGACAACGCACAUAAACUGACCCACCCAAGCUACUUGGAGCCCAACUUUCCAGUUCAAAAAGGUGAGUACCAAGUAAAUGUGGGAGGAGGGAGAGUAUUCCUACUUAGAGGUGGUGGAGUGGCCCUAGUAUGUCCAUAAUCCUGUUAUCAGAGUCCCUUUUCUGCUGUGUUCUUUAGUUCUUCAAAGCACAAGCCCUUAUUUUUGUGUGGA